AUGCCCAUCAUCACCGCCGCCACCACCCUGCGUCGUGCCCUACAAGACCCCGAGAGCUUCAUUUCCGCCCCGGGUGUCUACGAUGGUGUUUCUGCGCGGAUUGCGCUGUCCGUUGGCUUUGAUGCUUUGUACAUGACCGGCGCCGGCACCGCCGCAUCCGUGCAUGGCCAAGCAGACCUCGGCAUCUGCACACUAAACGACAUGCGCACCAAUGCCGAAACUCUCGCCAACAUCUCCCCUUCGACACCCCUAAUCGCCGACGCAGACACCGGCUACGGCGGCCCCAUCAUGGUCGCCCGAACCACGGAGCAAUACUCCCGCUCCGGCGUCGCGGGCUUUCACAUCGAAGACCAAGUCCAGACAAAACGCUGCGGCCACCUUGGCGGUAAGAUCCUCGUCGACACAGACACGUAUGUCACGCGGAUCCGCGCGGCCGUGCAAGCGCGCCGGCGCAUGGGGAGCGACAUCGUCGUGAUUGCGCGGACAGAUGCACUUCAAAAACACGGCUACGAGGAGAGUCUCAACCGUCUCAAAGCCGCACGGGAAGCCGGUGCAGACGUCGGAUUCCUAGAGGGGAUCACAUCGCGUGAAAUGGCUCGGCAGGUAGUCAAGGAUCUGGAGGGAUGGCCGCUAGUCCUGAACAUGGUGGAGCACGGAGCUACGCCGUCGAUUUCGGCGCAGGAGGCGAAGGAGAUGGGAUUCAAGCUUAUUAUCUUCCCGUUUGCGGCGCUGGGGCCUGCGUUGACUGCUAUUCGGUCUGGCAUGGAGAAGCUAAAGAGGGAUGGGCUGCCGGGAUUGUCGGAGGAGAUGACACCGCAGACGCUGUUCCGAGUUUGUGGGCUGGAUGAGAGUAUCAAGAUUGAUGCGGAUGCUGGGGGUGGUGCGUUUGAAGAGGGUGUUGAUUUGAAGAAAACGAGUUGA